AUGAAUAAUCUCCUAAAAGGAUUGGAAUCUCUAAAAAUUACAAGUGAUAUUUCUGAAGAAAACUUAUGGACAGGAUGCAUUGAUCUUAUUCAAAAAAGUUAUGUCUCUGAGAUAGCUGUUGGUGCUAGUCGUCCAUGCGAGGAAAAAGAUUUUAAAGAGUAUAGACAAAUUAUAGACAAAAAUUUGCAAAAUAUCAAAUUUAUGCUUCAGCAUAUCAUUCAUUGUCGUAACGAAAAAAGCAUACAAAUAAAGUUAGACACAUUAAUAGUAAAGACAUUUACGAUUAAUUUAUUAUUACUCAUUGGAGAACAACAUGAAAAAAAUGUUUGGAACACUGCAGAAUCUGUAUUUAUGUCUAAAGAGCUCCAAAGCGAAAUCUUGGCGUUAUAUAAAUAUGAAAGCAUUUCGCAACUUUUAAUGGAACAAGAUAACUUUAUCACAGUAUUAUUAGCACUAAGGCCUAAAUUAUUGAAAGAUACUUGGAAAACUUAUCCAGCAGCUGUCAUAUGUUACAAAUGGAUUUUAUAUCAAAUCGAGAAACCAAUUUUAUAUAAUCAUAUUGGUGAUGUGCUUCCAACAGCUUUAAUAAUUGUUGAUGAUUAUGUGCCAGAAAAUGUUGUAUUAGGUCUUGAAUGUUUACAUCAAAUUAUUCAGCAUUCUCACUUGAAGAAAGGAUUGGUUGACACUGGAUAUGCCAAAGUAAUUUUUCAUGCUUUAGAGAAUUUAAGUCAUCGAAGAGAAGCCAAAUAUGUAAUUUUGAUAUAUAAAUGUUUAGCAAAUUUAUUAGUUACCGUUGAACAUUGGGAUAAUACAUUAAAUGUAUUUGAAUGGACAAAGAGAGAUGAUAUCUUAGCUGUUCUGUUGGAUAAUAUGGAGUUUGAACAAAAUUUGGAAUUGAGACAUGUGUAUAUGUUGAGUUUGCCUCAACUCUUAACUAAUAUUGGUUGUGCCAAGUGGUGCGAAAGAUUAACAAGAAUACUUUCUGAAUAUUGUGAACAUCAUACAGAUUUAAGAACAUUGAAAGCAACAUUGGAGACUGCGAAAACCUUCCUAUUGAUGUUUCAUCUUCGAGUGGCAGCUCACUGUGUACCUCUGUAUACUGCUUUCUUGAAACUGCAUUUUGAUUUAACUAAAACUCCAGUAUUUGAUAAAGAAAUAAUGCAGAACUUAGAAGAUUGUAUUUGUUUAUUAUAUAAAGUAUCUCCAAAUGUAGGUUAUGCAGUAAUGAAUGAUGAUCGAAUGCGUUCGGUGAUAACAAAUAGUUUACAAGUAGUAUAUUUAGGUAUUCCGUGGUUACCAAUAGUAGGAUCUUAUUGGUAUUUAUUAUGGUAUAAUUAUGAAUUUCCUUUUAAAGCUAUAACAUAUUAUACGAAUAAGUUGAAAUCUAAAGUCCUGACAUGUUAUUUUGGUGGUUUUAUGACUGUUAUUGCAAGUGAUUAUAACAGUAUUAAAGAAGUUCUGAUAAAUAAUGAUUUCAAUGGAAGAGUAUCCACCAUAGAUGUUAUUUUAGCAAGAGCAUUUGGACAAUCAUUGGGAAUCUUUUUCACCGAAGGUUCAUAUUGGCAAGAGCAAAGAAGAUUUAUUCUUCGACAUAUGAGAGAUUUUGGAUUUGGUAGAAGACAUGAAAAAGUUGAAGCAGACAUGAUGGAAGAAAUUGCAAUCCUUAUCGAUAUGUUAAAAGAAGGUCCCAUUAACGAUACGGAAAAGUUAUUCUUAAAAAAUGGUUCUGUGCGGUUUCCGGAUGUUCUAUACCCAUAUUCUGCAAAUGCUAUAUGGAAUAUAAUGUUCGGCAAAAGAUUCGAUCGUUCAGAAUAUUAUAAACUGAAAUAUUUUUGUGAAUCUGCUAUGAUGUUUCAAAGAGCAGCUGACACUACUGGUGGAGCAAUUUUUCAAUUCUGGUUUUUAAAAUAUUUCGGAAAUAUGUUUGGAUACAAAAAUAUGAUGAUAGGAAAUUAUCGUAUGGUAGAUUUCAUUAAGGAACAUUUAGAGAAAAGGAAACAUUUAAACAAUGAUAAUGAUGAUAAUGGCUUAGUAGAUCGAUAUUUAAAAGUUUUGAAAGGAGAUAUUAAGAAAAAAUCUUUCUCCGAGAAACAACUUAUUAUGAGCCUUGUGGAUUUUAUGUUCCCAGCUUUAUCUGCACUACCGAGUGCUGUUGUACACGCAAUUAAGCUUGUAAUGCAUCAUCCAAAAGUAAUGAAAAAUGUACAAGAGGAAAUAGAUAGAGUAAUUGGAACCGGAAGAUUAGUUACGUGGGAAGAUAGGAAAAGUUUGCCGUAUAUCGAAGCAACAAUACGUGAAUCACUCAGAUAUGUAACUUUGACACCAUUCAGUGUAUUUCAUAAAACAACAAAGAAAACUACUCUUUCUGGUUUUGAUCUUGCCAAGGAUACAGUAGUUGUCACCAAUUUAGCAGGAUUAAAUAGAGAUGUCGAUUUAUGGGGACAUCGUGUAUGCGCGGGCGAAACUUACGCAAGGUACAAUAUGUUCCAAAUAUUCGCUACAUUGAUGCAAAAUUUUAAUUUCUCGUUUAUAGAGGGUGAACCGAAUAGUCUUGAAGACAUAAUGUCAGGUUUAAUCGUUACUCCAAAAGAAACGUGGAUUCGAGUGGAACCACGUUAUACCUAA